AUGUCGCUAUCCCUGGAACUAGCGGCUGCCAUCGAAGAUGAAGACUUGCACCUCCAUUCGCCCGGAGCACUUCCGAAAACGCCCGGGCCUCCAACAAACAGCGACAUCACCGCCGUUCAGCGAAUGCUAUCAGCGUGUCUGGGCUCCUUUAUCACGUCUCUAGUGGUGACGCCCUUUGACGUUGUUAGAAUCAGAGUCCAGCAGCAGGAAGUCAUGCAAGGUUUCCUGUGCUGCUCUCAAUCCACUCCCAAGGUGGCUAUGAAGCCGCCACCAUCAGCAUCUAAAGCAUCUUUCAGCUCCGCUGCAUCUACGCUAUCACGAACAGCAGCGGCGCUACAACCUCCAGGCGUUUUUUGGGUCACGGGCCACUACUGUGAGGCGGCGGAGGUGUGUCCCAAGAUCACCUCGACGUUUCAAGGCAUGUCCGUGAUUAGCCGAAACGAGGGUAUCACCACUCUUUGGCGAGGACUCAGCUUGACGCUAUUCAUGGCCAUUCCUUCUAAUAUCAUAUACUUCACAGGCUAUGAGUACAUCCGUGACAGACUGCCCUUCAAGGGAGAAAUGUUGAAUCCGCUACUCUGCGGUUCCUUUGCCAGAACCAUGGCUGCAACGGUGGUGGCUCCUGUCGAGUUGCUCAAGACCAGACUCCAGUCCAUUCCACACGAGGUCCGCAACGACCAGCCACGCUCCCAGAUCUUAAAGAAUUUGCUCAAAGACUUAAGCCUGUCGUUCAAGACCCGCGGCAUUGGCUCGAUGUUCACUGGUUUGAAGAUCACGCUCUGGAGAGACGUGCCCUUCUCGGGCAUCUACUGGCUGUGCUACGAGCUCUUCAAGGACCGUAUUGGUGGAGCUAUGGAGGUUGAUUUUGCUGCCUCUCACCAGGAUGACUGGAAGGUGUUCACCACCAGUUUCUUGCUGGGCUCGAUGGGUGGAGUAGUCGCUGCAGCAUUCACGAACCCUUUUGACGUGGGCAAGACUCGACUUCAAAUUGCCACGGAGCAAAGAAAGCCGCUGACGAAACCACUGAUGUUCCUGUUCCUCCAGCAGAUCUACCGCAACGAAGGCUUGGGAGCGUUGUACAGCGGGUUCGGCCCCCGUGUGAUGAAAAUCGCCCCGCUGUGUGCCAUCAUGAUCUCGUCGUACGAGAUUGGCAAGAAGAUCUUCAAGGAUCUGAUGUAG